AUGGAAGAGAGGAAUUUCACCAAAGUGAAGGAGUUUAUACUUGUAGGGUUCACAACUGAUUUGAAGGUACAGAAAGGGCUCUUUUUUAUCUUCCUCCUCAUUUAUAUCUUCAGUCUCUUAGGGAAUAUCACCCUGAUUUCUCUGAUCUUUGGUGACUCACGACUCCACACACCCAUGUAUUUCUUCAUUGGAAAUCUAUCCUUUCUGGAUCUCUGGUAUUCUUCUGUCUAUGCUCCCAAGAUUCUAGUGACCUGCAUCUCUGAAGACAAAAGCAUCUCCUUUGCUGGCUGCCUGGCUCAGUUCUUCUUCUCCGCUGGACUGGCAUAUAGUGAGUGCUAUCUGCUCGCGGCCAUGGCUUACGACCGCUAUGUGGCCAUCUCCAACCCUCUGCUCUAUUCCCAGGCCAUGUCCCCAAGGUUAUGUACCUGUCUUGUUGCAGUUUCAUACCUUAGUGGCUUUAUUAACUCAAUCAUCAUCACCAGUGAGACAUUUACCCUGAGCUUCUGUGGCAACAACGUCAUUGAUGACUUCUUCUGUGAUCUUCCCCCGCUGGUGAAACUGGCCUGUGACGUGAAGGAGAGUUACCAGGCGGUGCUGUAUUUCAUACUUGCCUCCAAUGUCAUUACUCCCACUGUCCUGAUCCUCGCCUCGUACCUCUUCAUCAUUGCUGCCAUCUUGAAGAUUCGCUCCGCCCAGGGCCGCCUCAAAGCCUUCUCCACCUGUGGCUCUCACCUGACAGCUGUCACCUUGUACUAUGGCUCCAUUCUGUACAUUUACUCCAGACCAAGCACUAGCUAUGCCCUGGAACGGGAUAAGGUGGUGUCAGUGUUUUAUACUGUAGUAUUUCCAAUGUUGAACCCUUUGAUCUAUAGCUUACGAAAUAAAGAUGUCAAAGAUGCCCUGAAGAAAAUGCUAGGCAGAGUAAAAUUUACUUAA